AUGAAGGCAUCUUCACUUUCGCUCAGCGCCGGUUCGCUAUUUCUUCUAUCGCUCGCGUCCACAGGGGUUGCCUCUGAAUACGAAUUGGUCGAGACAUGGCAAGGCCAGGAGUUUUUUGACUACUUCCACUUCUACACUGGUGCCGACCCAACAAAUGGAUGGGUCACGUACCUUGACCAGGCCAGUGCAGAGAGCUCUGGGCUGGUUAAAGUCACCGACCGCGGGACGGUUUAUAUUGGUGUAGACCACCAGACAACUCUCAGCACAACUGGCAAGGGACGUGAUUCGGUGCGCGUCGGCACCAACAAAUACUACGAACACUCACUGGUGGUCGCGGAUAUUGCGCACAUGCCCGGAAGUGUGUGCGGCUCUUGGCCUGCAUUCUGGACCGUUGGUAAAGUAUGGCCGCAGGAUGGUGAAAUUGAUAUCAUCGAGGGUGUCAACCUUCAGAACCACAACGAGAUCGUGAUGCAUACCGGAGGCACUUGCGCCUUGACCGAUCAGGGAAUGUCUGGGAUUGUAAACGCAACGGGAUGUGGUGAAGCGCUAGGAACCGUGGGCUGCGUUAUUGAAGGACACGAGGGCAGCUACGGAGAUUCAUUCAACAACCAGGGAGGAGGCAUUUACGCCAUGGAGUGGACCGAAGAGUUCCUCAAGAUCUGGUUCUUCCCCCGUCACUCCAUUCCACCCUCCCUCAGCAGCGGUGAGCCCGAUGUCACCGAAUUUGGCAUCCCAAUGGCUCUAGUGCAAGAAGGCUGUGAUGUCGCGAACAGCUUCAAGGAGCAAUCGUUCGUUUUCGAUGUGACAUUCUGCGGCGACUGGGCUGGUGGUGUGUUUGGAGAGUCUGGCUGCCCAAUGACCAAUCCAGACUCCUUCCAAAGCUGUACAAACUAUGUUGCACAGAACCCUGACAAGUUCAAGGACACAUACUGGGAAAUCAACUCGGUCAAGGUGUACCAGACGGAGGCGAAGAACGCAGCCCCAGCUCAACAUGGUUCCCUUACCCACGCGGCAUCUCAAGCACCCGUUACGCAUACCCUGGCGACCAAGACCGCCACUGAGACACAUGUCGUUCCGCAAGUUCAUUCCUCCGCUUCGGUGGCUAGCCACUCCACAGAGGAAGCCACCCACGUAGUUGAGAGCGCUACUCAUGCUUCGGUUUCCCCGACUGUUCACCCCGCGGGGGGAGCUCCUCAUUCAGUUGAGAGUGCUAGUCAUGCAACAGAGAUUUUUCUGACUGUCACCCCAGUGGCCGUCACCAGUCCCAUGUUUGCAGCAUCCAAAAUCCCCACCUCCCUCUUAGAGGAGCAAUCGCCUGUUCCUACUACUCAUGCCAAACCCGCUGUCACCCGAUACGUGACUGAGUUUGUCACCGGAACAACGACACUUUGCGCUUCAGCCGAAACCGAAACUUCUUCCAAUCUACCCUCCGCCAAUAUCGCAGUUUCAUCUCAUGCCUCACAUGCCACACAUGCCCCCCAGGCACCGGAUGUCACCCCCACUUCACCAUCCUAUGAGAUCGAAACCCCAGCUGGAUGGGCUGCAUUGACCAAGGGAUCAGAUGGUCAUUUCACCACUUCUAACUCUCACACUUCUUCUGGUCACUCAUCCACACCGUCUCAAGUCCCACAGAUCCAAUCUACCCCUGCACGGGAGCCAAGCGGCGCAGAUGCCAAGACUACUUCUCCCCCUCACGCACAUUCAAGCCACUCAUCCACGCCAUCUAAGACUCCGCAGGUCCAGUCUCCACAUGCGCAAGCACCAAGUGGAGCAGAUGCUGUUUCAAUCAAACCAGCUAGCCACCGACCACCUCCUAACCUGGCCACACCUUCUUCUUUGCCUCACAAGCCGUCGACUGGCCCUGCGAGGGAAUCUGGUGCUGUGAAGCCCUCGUCAACGCCGCACAGUUCGAAGGCUGUCAUUCCCAAGCCCUCGGGUGGUUCCGCAGCGUCCACUAGCUCUCGUCACGUUUUCCCGGGUCUCUCGCCCUCGGCAACAAGCCCUGUCUUCACUGGCGCUGCUGAAAGACUUCCCAUACAAUACCCAGUGAUGGCUGCUGCGCUCGGUCUUGCUCUUGUCGUAUAG